UCCUUUUGUCAGGAUAUUGGAAGGUUGCAGAGGAAGUUUCUCUGGCAGUCAGCCUGCUCCCUCUACUUGUCUCUGUUGGUGGAGACUGAACACAAAGUGCAGUGACUCAGAAGCCUUUGAGAGGGUGACUGGGGGCCUGGCCACCGCAAGGCACAGAGGCAGCGAGAUGGAACGACCCAAAACGACAGUGUGCUGGGGAAAGAAGAAAUCAAGGCAGAAGGAAGAAGAAAAUGAACUUCAAGAAAUUCUGCCCAGUGAGCCUCAACAGCCCAAAGACCGUUUUUCAAAAUUCAGUGGGUGGCUUAUGAAAGUCCCCAGGAAAAGAAAACCAGACACUGCUAUUCAUCAGAAAGAAACUCCCAAAGAUUUCCAAAAGUUGGUACAGAAGGGGCAGUUCCUGGAAGCCUGCCAGAGCAUCUCGGAGUUGUCACAGGAAGGGCAGGACUGUGGUCUCCAGUACAAGGUUGUGGCUGAGAGCAUGUGGCAGGUCAUCAAGGAGGCUCUGGGAGGCAUUGGGUACAGCCAGAAGCUGGAGCUAAAGCUCCAGGCAGUGGUGGCCACUGUGGAGUGGGUGGAGGACAACCCCCAGAGCUGGGAGGCCAGCGCCCUCGAGGAUGGUGGAGUUGCUUUCUGGGGAAGUCAUCUGGAGAGGCUCCUGAGAACAGAUGCUGAGGACCAAUUGCCCACUAUGAAGCCAAGCACCCAGCUGCGCCCGUACCUGAAGGAGCUGGACAAAGCUGUGGGACACAGCCUAGGGUCCCAGAGGGCAGGCCGGAUGGGGGCCCCCCUCUGGGAAAUCUACAGGACGUGUUUCCAGGAGGUCCUCCUCAGCCGCCUCUCCGAGCUCCCUUCCUCCUACAGUCACGACAGGGAAGCCUACUUUGAGCUGUACAACUGGGGCAAGACGACCUUGUUUGGGCAGCUGGGCAGGGAGAUGCUUCAGAGAGUAGGUCCCACCUCCCAGAAGUCCAUGGCCGGGAACCUCUUGGACUCAAUGAUGUUCAUUACCUGGAUAUUCCAAAUGCAGGAGAAGCUGGUGGGGCUGAUCCAGGAGGAGUUGAAAAAGUGUCUAGAAAAUGUUCUGAUCUGUGAUCAGAAAAAGUGGACCGAGUCUGCCUCCUCAGUGUUCCUUGAAAUCUACCAGCUACUGAAAGAAGCUGUAGAUGCAGUCCGACACAUUGGGCCAUCCGUCACCAGACGGGUUCAAGCCAUGGUUCUGGAAACAUUUUCAAAGUUUCUGGAAAGCUACAAGGAUAAGGCUGAAGUCUUCAUCCAGCAGAACGCCAGUGACCACACCUUUCCCGAGCUGCAUGUGCUGGAAAACUGCUGCAUCCUCAGGAAGACAUGGUGGUGGCUGAGCAGGGCGCACGUUCCCUGGGCACGCUUGGACCCAGCUGUGCAAGGUGCCAUCAAAGGCAUUGAGGACCAUGGCCGGGACCACCUCCUGCCUCGAGUCAGAGCCCUGUGCCAGAGUCUGCUGAGUUGUCACUUCGGAGAGAAGAACAAGGAUCUGGUCCAAUCUCUGCGGUCCCUGUGGCAGAGCCUGGAGCACUGCCCCAACAUGCACCCUACUCCCACAUACGAGAGCCUUGUGAGGAGUCUGAAUAUGGUGGUCUUUGGGGAGUACGUCCAGGCCCUGGCUGCUUAUCUCAGGAGGCUGGUGCCCAGGACUUCGGGGCACCUCCGUGAUCAGGUGGAAACGGACAUCUGGAAGCUGGGCACCACCUUUAGGGAGCACAGGGGCCCGGCUUUGGACAAUCUACAGGAGUACAUCCUCCAGCUCAGUGAGAGCAGAGACAGACAGACUGUGGAUCAGCGGCUGGCCUCCUUCAGUGACAGUUUCCCUGGUUAUCUGAGCAGACAGGGCAGAUCCACGGCUGUGGAGGAGGAGACUGCGAUCAGGGGACGCUCCUCAUUCUGCUGCAGACUUCUCCAGAACUUAAGGCGACUAGGGGCCUGCUGGCACCGUUGCUGCCCUAGCAGACGUGGAUGUGAGCUCUAGUUUCAGGAAUCUGCUUGUUCUUGGGGCUGUGGGAGUUACGUGGCCCCGGUACCCAGCUAAAGCUAAGGAUCUGGGCGCCCCUGGCCACUGGAUGGCCACUUCACAAAUGGCAGCCUGAUAUCUAGAAGAAAGCCGAUCCUUCUCAAUUCUGGAUUCUUCAAUCAGAAAGAACUCUGAGAACUGACUGCAGCUAUCACAGACACCGGGCGAUGAAAGGCCGGCACAGUCAGUGAUCAACCCAGAAGAACGGGAAGGCAACAGGGAUGGCCAAGGACAGAUUAAGACACUCCUGGCUUGGAACGUGGUGGGAAGGAAGACACCCUGGAGGGAGAGUGAGGACGAGAGGGGCUAAGAAGAAAGCUAGAGCCCAAAGGAAGUUCCUCCCCAUCCUGGCUGCAUCGUGUGCCUUUCUUGUGCAUGUAACAACUUUAUUGAGAUACAGGUUACAUGCCACGCAAGUCACUCACUUAACUUUAAUGCACCAUUUGAUGGCUUUUGGUAUAUUCGCAGACUCGUGCAGCCACACCACAAUAAAUUCUAGAACAUUUUCAUUACCCUAGAAAGAGACCCCGUACCCUUCAGCUAUUAACCCCAAUCCCUCUUCCCCACCCUCCCCCCAGCCCUAAGCAACUGCUACUCUACUUUCUGUUUGUAUAGAUGUGCCUCUUCUGGACAUUUUUCUAACUGAAUUGUGUAAUAUGUGGUCUUUUGUGAUUUGCUUCUUUCGCUUAGCAUCAUGUUUCACGGUUCGUCGAUAUCGUGACAUGUAUCAGUAUUUUAUUCCUUUUUAGAGCUGAACAGUAUUCCAUUAUAUGGAUAGUCCAUGCUUUGUUUAUCCAUUCAUCCACUGACGGACAUUUGAGUUGUUUCCACUUUGGGGCUAUUAUGAAUAAUGCUGCUGUGAACUUUUGUGUGCAAAUUUGCGUGUGGCCCUGUGUUUUCAGUCCUCCUGUGUUCUACUUAGGCAUGGAAUUGCUGGAUCAAAUGGAACUCCAUGUUUAACUCUCUGAGAAACUAGACUAUUUUUCCAAAAUGGUUGCACCAUUUUACAUUCUCACCAGUAAUAUAUGAGGGUGUCAAUUUCUCUACAUCCUCAUCAACACUUUUCAUUGUCUAACUUUUGCAUGAUAGCCAUCGUAGUGGGUAUGAAAUGGCAUCUCAUUGUGAUUUUGGUUUGCACUUCCCUGAUGGCUAAUGAUGUUGAGCAUCUUUUCCUGUUCCCUGAGGGGCCAUUUGUGUAUCUUCUUUGAGAAUUGUCUACUCAGAUCCUUUGCCCAUUUUUAA